AAAGGAAGUACACUAAAUACGCCCCUCUGUCUCUCUCGGUUUCGUCCCCAAUCAAGCAAGAAUCGCCGUUGAUUUCAGCUCCUUUCGUAUAGGUAUUUGGUCUGUCAGUUUUGCAGUUACAGUGAUCUACUAUUGCAGUUGAAUUGGGGGAGAAGAGAGAGAAGUAGAAAUGCAUUUUGAGCUGGUGGAUAUACAGCCUCGGGAAAUCACAUUCACAUUUGAACCGAGGAAGCAAAGCUCAUGUACCAUCCAUUUAUUCAAUAAGACCGAUAAACAUGUUGCCUUUAAGGUCAAGACCACUAAUCCAAAGAAAUAUUGUGUCCGACCAAACACAGGAGUUAUUAGUUCAAAGUCAUUAUGCGAAUUUAAGAUAACUAUGCAAGCACAGCGGGAACCUCCUCCCGAUAUGGUAUGCAAGGACAAGUUCUUAGUUCAGAGUAAAGUUGUUCCAGAGGAGACAUCUGAUAAAGAUAUUACCUCAGAGACAUUUUCUAAAGACGAUGGCGAAUAUGUCCAAGAGAACAAGCUAAGGGUAAUUCUUGUAGAUCCACCCGACUCACCUGACCUAUCACCAAUAAAUGGAGCACAGAGUCAUCCACCAAAAUGUUUAGAAGAUCUUUCUGGUGGUGAAGAAACCCAAAUUCCACAACAAAAGCCAGCUGAGGAGGAGUUUAAACAGGAAAAUAAAGAGGAUCCAGUGAAAACAAAAGAUGUAGAGAUUGAAACUGCAAAGGAUGUAGAAAAGGUGGAAUUUGUUGAUGAGAUCAAUACAAUGAAGUCAAAGUUGAAUGCACUAGAGCUUAAACUAAGCGAGGCUGAAGCAACCAUUUCAAGGCUGACACAGGAGACGAGGGGGUCUGCUCAAGAGAAAGAAAGCUUACAAAGAGAACUGGCGCGAUUGAGAAGUAGGAAAGGCGUGAGGAAAGUGCAAGUUGGAUUUCCAUUGCUGUAUGUGGUUAUGGUUGCUCUCAUAAGUCUUGCACUUGGAUACAUGUUUCACCGCCAGUAGAAGUAGUUCCCAUAUGUAGCUGGAGUAGCAGCAGCAGAGAAGUUAUAAAUAAAUAUUUUUACAUGGAGUGACUGUAUAUUAAUAUUGAUACUAAUAUUAAUGUGUAAAUACUCUACUAAACCUUAGCACACUGUAUUGCUUAGGGAAAAUUAUUAUUAGGUACAUGAUAGCA